GUCACAGAAGUACCGUAGCUUCUCCUUCAAACAUGCCGUAAGAGUUUGACAAGGGUUUAUUGUCUGUUAAUAGGUUUAACAUGUUGCCUUUGGGUAUUUCUAUCCUGCCGCUAAAUACAGCUGAUAGGAUUAAGGCUUCUUCUGGCCCGGACACUCAAAUUACUCUCCCCAUUAAUUGCACCUUCUUCCAUGAACCGAUUCCUGUGGUAUUUUUGGGGGGUGAUGGAUAUUAGAAUGGAGUGGAGGGAUAGUGGUAAUUUGAAGUCAACUGGGCGAGUGUCACGACCAUUAGCUGAGCUUUAAAUCGGCGAAGCAGUGGCCAUCCAGAUCAGGUGGGGUUGUCUCGUCAACUGCACUGCGUGUUUGCGGAGCAAGCUGGUUGCACACAGCUGGUGUUGUGCUCUUCCUCCUCAGGCCCCCGGCUCUGUAGCUCAUUAUUGCAGACUUUUGAUGUGCAGUAGUUCAACUCGGACUCGAACCUCAGAGAAAGAGCAGCUAUGGGAGUGCCGAACUCCAGAGAGUACAACUACUACCAUGCUCCGAAUACACCCUUUAGGAUUUUGUUGAAAAGACGUAAUGAGCCCCUCAAGAAGGAGCGUCCAAAGUGGAAGAGUGAAUACCCAAUGACGGAGGGCCAGCUGAGGAGUAAGAGGGAUGAGUUUUGGGACACGGCUCCGGCCUUCGAUGGACGGAAAGAGAUCUGGGAUGCACUCAGAGCUGCAGCUCUGGCUGCGGAGUGCAAUGACCUGGAGCUAGCACAGGCCAUCGUGGACGGAGCCUGCAUUACUGUGCCACAUGGCUCCCUGACAGAGAGUUACGAUGAACUGGGAAACCGCUACCAGCUCCCGGCGUACACUUUAGCCCCGCCUGUCAACCUCAUCUCUGAAACGUCCAGCCCGAGCAAAACCUCUGAAUCCACCCAUAAACAGGCCCAGCCCCCUCCGUGCAGACAAGAGUUCCAGCUGCGGGUGCGGUUGUCAACAGGGAAUGACGUGCGUCUGACAGCCAGCAUGGCGGACUCCAUCGCCGAGCUGAAGAAACAGCUGGAGGAGCAGGAAGAGAUCGAUGUGAUUCGCCAGAGGUGGUUCUUCUCCGGGAAGCUCCUGACCGACAAGACUCGACUUCAGGACACCAAGAUCCAGAAGGACUUUGUCGUCCAAGUGAUUGUGAACGUGAACCCUUCAGUCAUACCGAACUGAGGGGGAGACAGGGGGGCUGUGAAGCACUGAAAGGGAUGAAGGAGGUGCCACAGGGGGCUGCAGGGAGAGGAGUAGGGCCUGAAAUCACUUUCCAUUUGGUACUGCAGUGGAAUUUUCUGUACAUUUUUAUAUAAUAAAUUAUUGCUUUUAUAUUGCUCCUUUUUGUAUUUUCCUUUUUUCCAAAUGAAGUAAGAAUAUUGAAAAGCACUGAAACACUUUAGAGAAAAAGUAGAGUCCUAAGAUGUGCGUCCAAAUGUCUGUCUGUGUGUCUGUGUGUUUGUGUUGACCAUUAACUAGUUGUUUACAUGGACCCUCCCUCCCCGUGUCACGUGUGUUUACUUGUGCUUAUUCAUAAACUAAAUCUGUUAAAUCAUCUCUGGGAUCCACAGAAGGAAAAAUCCAUUCUCCUAUUAUUUUAUUUUAUUAAAUUUUUUUUCAAGAUUUCUGUCAUGCAAUUUAAGAAACAGGCUGAAGAUGAUAGAAAAAGAAACAUGUAAAUAUCAGUUUCCCACAUGUGCUGUUUGGUCUUGCAACUAUAUGCACACUACAUUUUCAAUUCACACUCUUUUAUUCAUAAUGAGGUCACGGAAUGCAAUGAAUGAUCAGUUUUGUUUAUCAUUCUCAUCACUCCAAACAAGAUACUGUAUUUUUAUUUACAAUACGAUGCUCCACUGUACUUCGAUAACUUAUCAAUAAAUAUUGUUAAGUCUAA